GGUGCUUUAAAAGCAUUUCGAACUACCUUGGUCGCUCUUACAGACCGCGCUCUGUCACACCGUGUAACUCCAUUUCCUUCUACUCAUCACAACCGAUACAAUAAAUAUCAUGGCAACGCUGAGAGCUUUAAGGAAAUUGUGCCAACACUCACAACAUCAAGUGUGUAGUCUACAUAUGUCUGCGUCAAGACAGGAAGCGGUGGUCAUCUCAGGGAGGAAGUUGGCCCGCCAGAUCAGGGAAGAGGCACGUUACGACGUGGAACAGUGGGUUUCCACCGGGAACCGCAGGCCCCAUCUCAGCGUGGUGCUCGUGGGAGACAACGCAGCUAGUCACUCCUACGUUCUGAAUAAGACACGGGCUGCAGCUGAUGUUGGCAUCAGCAGCGAGACCAUUCUGAAGCCCUGCUCCGUGACGGAGGAGGAACUGAUGGAGCUCAUCUACAACCUCAACACAGACCACCGCGUGGACGGACUGCUGGUCCAGCUGCCUCUACCAGAGCACAUUGACGAGCGUCGCGUCUGCAACGCCGUGUCUCCCGGCAAAGAUGUGGACGGCUUCCACGUGGUCAACGUGGGCCGCAUGUGUCUCGACCAGUCUACCAUGCUGCCAGCCACGCCUUGGGGAGUCUGGGAAAUCAUCAAACGCACAGGUAUUCCAACUAUUGGCAAGAAUGUUUUAGUGGCAGGACGCUCUAAGAACGUGGGCAUGCCCAUCGCCAUGCUGCUGCACACGGACGGUCGCCACGAGAGGCCAGGAGGAGACGCCACCGUUACCAUCUCUCACCGGUACACUCCUAAGGAGCAGCUCCGCCAGCACACCAAGAUAGCAGACAUCAUCGUCGCAGCUGCAGGGAUUCCGAACUUGAUCACGGCAGACAUGAUUAAAGAAGGCGCCGCGGUCAUCGACGUCGGCAUCAACAGAGUGCAGUGUCCCCUCACCGGCAAAAACAGACUGGUCGGGGAUGUCGAUUUCGAAGGUGUGAGGCAGAAGGCUAGCUUCAUUACCCCAGUGCCUGGAGGAGUGGGGCCCAUGACCGUAGCCAUGCUGAUGAAGAACACCAUCAAAGCAGCUAAAAACGUCCUGCUCACCCCCCCUGAGAGGGUCCGCAUGGCGGCUACCUCCUAAGAGGUCGUGGUCUCUGGCCAAUCCACCGUGACACAUUCCAACCCCCCCCUCUUUCUACUCGGAGCAACUCUGCAGGCUCUUCUUGCACACAGGCUUGGAGGGAAAUGUCAUAGCUUUAAGUUUCUCGCUGCUGACGACGCAGUUCUUGCGAAGCAGUUUCAGACUGUUACAAUUCACCAUGUUGCAGCUAUAUAUUUAUUCUAUGCUAGACAAAAAAAACUUUUCAAAUGAUUUACAAAAAACUAAGGUUGAGUUUGAACCUAUGUAUUCCUGUUACUGCUACUGUUAUCAUUUGAUUUUGAAAAGCAAGGCAUGUGUCAGGUAUAGAAAACCAUUAAGGACUUUGUUAUUGUUAACUACUUUGUAGUUGCGAGAAAUAUUAACAUUUCCUUCGGUGUCCAUACUGACUCAAGUAUUGUGUGCCUAGAGGCUUAGGCGUAUCAAGUAUGUUAAAACACUACCAGCUUUAAAUUUACAGUUUCACAAAUGCCUUUUGUAAAUACGAUUUUGAAGUCAACAUUAUUACAAUGUGUUCUUCAGGUUGUGCUGAAAGUUACUUACUCACAAUGUACAUGACUGGAGAAAAGAGAACACGGGAUAUAUUAAACAUUUAUAUCUUUCA